AUGACGAGGUGCGUGGCGCGCCGUGAUUGCCUUUUUGGGAUCGAAUGUUCUGGCACAUUUCGGGGCGGUCGGGCCGGAACGCGCUAUGGACGCGACCACGAGCAGCACGAGCGCGAUGGCAGCCUCCUCGUCCAGCACACCAUCUGCAUCGUCACCGUCAAGCUCGCCUACGUCACCAACGACGACUAUCCUCCCGCGACUGCCGCCUUCGUGACAGGUUUGCACGGCAUAUGGACCAAUCGACCUCAGUACACGGUCGCGACUGGCCUGGCAGCGGUCAAUAGUGGCGUCACUGCUGCAACCUUCUUUUCCCUUCGCGAAUUCGUCGUACGACCUCUCCUGCGAGACCAUGUCCCGCCACCAACGUCCGUCCGACGCGAGAACCUGGUCGAGAGCGGCGUCAGCGGUGCAUUGACAGGUGGUUUACUCCGAGGGAUUCGAUCCGGUCCACCCGCCGCCGUCUCCGGAGCCCUCAUCCUCGGCACCCUCACCACCUCCCUGCAGUAUGCCUUCAACGCCCACCAUCUGACAGUCGUACCCCCCGCUCACGAGCUCGCGCGGCCGGUGCGGGACGGGGUGGAGGGUGGAGGCGAGCUGUUGAUUGAUUUGUUGAGUUUUUGUGGGUGA